AUGGCAGAGCAAAAGACCGGGAAGCUUGGGCGGGUGCUGAGCUACGCCAGCAACAGGUCGAAGAAGUCCGCCAGCCAGAACCAGAGUCAAGGCUUUGGACAUGCCAGGAAGAAGACAGAUUCGUCAGACACGACGACGGAGCGGCCGUCCAGCCGCAAGAUGCGCACUCACGCCGACCCCACGCUGGCCAUGAGCGAAGCGCAGCCCGCUACAAUCGCACUGCAGGAGUCCAGUCUCGGCCAGCUGCGAGGCGUACAGCACAAGGACCGCUUCGGGAAUCUCAUCACUGAACCGGACCUGUCAAAUCCGACCCGUUAUCGGUUCGAGAGGCCGCUAGACACGAUAAAGUCCUUUGAGGCUGCAAUUGACGGCACAUAUGGCAGCAGGCGGAUGUCCUACGCCCGUCCUGACGAAAGUACAAAUGGCUACAGCCGGCCAACAAGCUUCUUCGGUGGCGAUCGGUCGAAUAUGCACUACCAGCGAGGCGGAUACGAUAGCUACCAUGGAUCCCGCGGCUACCAGUCACGACCAGAGAGCUACAUUGAUGGCUAUGGAGACCAGAGCCAAUUCAACUACAGCAACCAACGCCCAUACCGCGCCCGUCGCAAUUCCCCACGAACAAACUCCGACCCUAAUUAUACCCAGAACCCCUCAAACCCAUACAACUCGCAGCCUCAGUACCAGAACCAGAACGAAAACCCAAACUCCAACUCUCCGUCCGGCUCAGGCAACCGUUCGGUGGACCAUUGGAUGAACUCGACGGAUCCCAGUUCUGUCAACAGCUCCGUGGACAGACUGCAGCAGCAGCUCCACCAGCAGCAGCCCCAGGGACAGCCGAAAUAUGAAGACCACCCGCCCUCGGGCGAAACAUAUGGCUUCUCAGGCUUUGGAACUGACCCGCAAUUAGACCAGUCGCAGGCUUCGUUUCUAAACCAGCGCCAGACCACGCAGCCGUCAGACCAGCGGCCUCAGGAGCCCCUUCACAAACCACAGCCAGCAGCGCCCGGUGUCCCGCCAAAGGAUGCGACCAACCUCGCCCCGUCCGCGGCAGGAAAGGCAGCUGCCACGCCACAAGACGAAAAACGCAAAAGCUGGUUCAAGCGACGGCUCAGCAGGUUUUAG